AUGUCGUCAUCGACACCGCCCCCCACGGUCGACGCGCCUGACGAGACGCAGAGCGAUACUUCCAAGUUGCGAACAUUUCUGGGGAUUUUGAAGAAGUUCAUCGGCGUUUCAGAUCUUGCAGCAGUUAGAUUCUCGCUGCCGUCGCAAUUGCUCGAGCCUACCCCGAACUUGGAAUACUGGACCUAUAUCGAUGCCCCCAAUGCCUUUGUUGCUAUGGGCACUUCCGAUGACCCUCUCGAUCGAAUGCUCGAGGUUGUACGCUUUUGGUUGACCAAGGAUCUAAAGUAUGCCAAAGGAAAGCCCUGCAAACCCUACAAUUCAUGUCUCGGCGAGUUCUUCAGGUGUAACUGGGAAACUGAAGAUAACGCUCCAAAAAUCGACACUUCAAGCCUACAACAGACUAAUGGCGCCUCCAAGGGUGGCCUUUCAGCGCUGAAAGUGGCAGCAAAGGGGGAUAAGAACGCUUCAAACGUCUCGCUCUCUGUGCCCCAGCAUGGCGCUACAAAGGAUGACAAGCUUAUUCGCGUCUCCUAUCUUACUGAACAGACCUCACACCACCCCCCUGUGAGCGCCUUCAACGUCACCUGCCCCGAGAAGGGUAUCACGGCCCGCGGCUUUGACCAGAUCACUGCCAAGUUCACAGGCACCUCCGUCAAGGUCCUUCCUGGGGAGCACAACAUGGGCAUCUUCAUAACCCUUGAAAAACGUGAUGGCGAGACUUACCAGCUUACCCACCCGGCGGCCCAUCUGGGCGGUCUUCUCCGCGGAGCUUUGAGCGUAUCGGUCAGCGAAUUCGCUUACAUCACAUGCCCCAAGACCAAGAUCAAGGUCAUUCUGCACUAUGUGGAGGAAGGCUGGCUGGGACGGACAACAAACAAGAUUGAUGGCGUGGUCUUCAAGUACGAUCCCGAGAACGAUGACAAAUCUAGAGUUCAGGACGUGCCUGAUGAAGAUGUCCUUGCUCGGUUGAGUGGUCCCUGGAAGGAGAAGGUCGUUUUUACUCUCGGUCCCAGACCAGUUAAAUCCGUGCCUGCGGAAGAGCAAUACACCAUCAUCGAUAUUGCACCCCUCAGUGUUGCGCCCAAGAUCAUCCCUCCCAAGGAGAAACAGCUUCCCAACGAAUCUUUAACCCUUUGGGGUGGUGUUACAGAUGCUAUCCACGCCAAACAAUAUGGCAAGGCUACCCAGGUGAAGGUCGAGCUCGAAGAGGCCCAGCGCGAGAAGGCCCGGCAACGUGAGGUCAACAAGGAAACGUGGCAGCCCGUCUUUUUCAAACAUGUCACCGGUAAUGAUGGCAAGCCCGAUCUGACCGACAAGGGCCGCGAGGUCCUUGAGAGGGCGCAAAAGGGUGACUGGUCGCUCGAAGGCAUCAUGUAG